UCCCCAAAAAUCCCAGUAUAAGAGCUGCCUCCGGGGCCCAGCAGCCAGAGACACGGAGAGCGGAGGCCUCGGACUCUCAGGAGGAGCCGUGCAGACACUCAGGACACUUCCAAGGAGGGAAAGUGAAGCAGUAUCUCUGUCACAAGACUUAACGGAUAUGAAACACCUCCUGCUCCUACCCCUUCUCCUGUUGGGAACAGUUUCUGCUCUUCGUCUGGAGAACGAUGCCCUCUCUCUGGACAGUGGAGAGACACAGGCAGACCUGAGUCAGGACCUGGAAGGUUCAGGGGAGCAGGAGGGAGAGUUGGCCCUGACUAAGGAGGUGAUCCAGUCAGAGGGAGAGGAGGUCGAGCCUUGCAAGUAUCCAGAUGCCUUUGAGGAUGAGGAGGCCAUGGAAUCAGACCCAAGUGCCCUCGACAAGGAUUUUCAGUGCCCCAGGGAAGAGGACACCGUUCAAACGCUGGGCAGUCCUGAGUGCAAGACCUGCCACUAUGUGUUGGUGCGGACCCCUAGGACGUUUAGAAAAGCUCAGAAUGUCUGCAGGAGGUGCUACCGAGGCAACCUUGUAUCCAUCCACAGCCUCAUCCUCAUCAAUCGUAUCCGGUGCUUGACAAGUAGCCUCAACCAACUCCGGGUCUGGAUUGGAGGCACCUACAGCCGGUGCAGUCACAGGUUACACUGGAUUGAUGGGAGCUGCUGGAAUUUUGGAUACUGGGCCUCCGGGCAGCCUCGGCGUGGAAGAGGCCACUGCGUGACCCUAGGCACCAGAGGGGGUCACUGGCGACGAGCUUGUUGCAGACAGCGUCUACCCUUCAUCUGCUCCUACUAAGCCAGUGGCACGGAGAACCUGCUUUGUUGCCUCCUGCAUUCACCACCUCCUGGCUGCCUCUGACCCAGCCUCGGCACUGGGCUCCUCUCCCAACCUCUCCUGGUCAUAAAGUUAGAUUUCCCACUGCA